AUGGAAUUCAAUCAAGAAAAAUUGAAGAAAUUGUGGGACAACUGGGAACUCGAGAUCUCAAUUCUGUUAAGCUUGCUCCUACAGAUCAUACUCAUUCUCACUGCAAACUUUAGAAAACGAAUGUCCUCUAAAUGGGUGGUGGCUUAUUUUGUUCUCUGGAUGGCUUAUCUAGCUGCAGAUUCGGUGGCCACUUUCUCUUUAGGCAUCAUCUCAAGCACCCUCAAUGAUCCAAGUCCCUGGUAUAACCCCGACAUGCUUGCUUUCUGGACACCUUUCCUUCUUCUUCACUUAGGUGGCCCUGAUACCAUCACAGCUUUCUCCUUGCAAGACAGCCAGCUCUGGUUGCGCCAUCUUCUUGGCCUAAUUUUUCAAAUUAUAGCUACAGCCUACAUCUUCAAGAGGUCGCUAAAGACGCACAGCAAGCUUUUUCUCCCAACGAUUUUUGUGCUUGCUGCAGGUAUUGUCAAGUAUGGGGAAAGGACUUGGUCACUCAAGCAGGCUAGCACGGAUGAUCUCAGAAUCUCGUUGAUUAAGAAACGUGACCCAGGGCCUGAUUAUGCUGCGGUGAUGGAGGAAUUUUCAUCUGAUCUCAGGGCAGGCAACCCAGGGAUGCUAACUGUCCGAAGGGAGAAUCAGAGCCAACCAGAGUACUACGUAAUCAUGGAGGGCUUAUUGAAUUCAGAUUCCAGCAUUGACCCUAUGGAACAAAACCCAGAAGAAGUACUAUAUGGAGCAUAUCACUUCUUUCAAACUUUCAAACGCCUCUUUGUUGAUCUGAUACUCACAUUUCAAGAUCGCAACUACAGCAGAUCCAUCUUCUGUAAGUGCCCUUCUUCUCAAGCUUAUAAAAUGAUUGAGACUGAAUUGAGCUACGCUUACGAUAUGCUCUACACAAAAGCACUCGUAGCUCAUACUCCUCUAGGCCGUAUCUUUCGUGGGAUCAGUUGCUGUUCAAUUCUCAUUGCUUUCUGCCUCUUCUUCUCUACCGUGAAGCAAUAUGAUUUCAAGAAAAAAGACAUCGUCGUAUCGUAUGUAUUACUCAUUGGGGCUUUAGCGCUUGAGUUUGUCACGAUCGGGAUGCUUAUUUUCUCAGAUUGGACUGUUGUCAUAUUACGAAAGACCAAUUCUCCUUCUUCGAAAUGGCUUGAGAAGCGAGUCUAUCAAAUCCUUUCCACAUUCCGAAGGCUCAGCCAACACCACCACCGCUGGUCUAAUCAAAUGGGUCAGUACGGUUUGUUGAGUUAUAUAAUAGUGGAUCAUCAUCAAAAGCCGCUCAUCAAGCAAUACUUGGAAAAUUUUCUAGAUGUGUUGGGGCUAAAGGAAAUGUGGGAUGAGUUCAAUUACAUCAAAUACAAAACGGUAAGUGAAGAACUGAAGCAUCUUAUCUUCAAAAAUCUCAAGGACAAAUCGGAAAACAUAAAGGAACAGGACAAGCGUCUUAACACCCGCCAAGGUCAAUGGGCACUGAAGCUUCCGGCCGAGGACUGUUCAUUGCUACAAUGGAGCUUGGAUGCCGAAUUUGAUGAGAGCCUUGUUAUGUGGCAUCUGGCUACAGAUAUAUGCUAUAAGUUACAGGAAAAUAUAAAUUCGGCAAAACAAGAUCCAGAGGAUGAAAACAAAAGAAUGUUUUCUGAUCAAUGUUUGGCAAGUAGAGAUAUAUCACGUUAUUUGCUCUAUCUCCUCCUUUCACGACCCUCUACAAUGUCUUCCAUAGCAGGGUUAGCGGUCAUAAGACAUGGAGAUACUUGUGAAGAGGCUAAAAAAUUCUUCGAGGAAGAAAGAGUAGUGGCCGGGGAUGAGUUUGAUGCUAUCGAUUCGCUAAUGACAGUGCAUAUGUAUGUUCGAGCGGAGGAAGUGAAGGGAGACAAAAGCAAGUCCAUAUUGUGGGAUGCAGUUAAACUAGCCGGAGAACUACAGGAGUUGCCUGAAGAUAAAAGGUGGGAGACUGCAAGCAACGUGUGGAUCGAGAUGCUUUCUUACGCUGCACGUCACUGCAGUGGAAACUACCAUGCUCAGACUUUAUCUGCGGGAGGGGAGCUUCUCACUUUUUUGUGGCUUCUUGAGGCACAUCUCGGCAUGGGAGGACACUACCAAAUAAAAUCUGGUGAGUUCACAACGAGCUAUACUGCAGAAAGGUAG